AUGCGUGCGUUGUUAAAGCUAUGGAUCAUGUUUUCUGUUGAUAAGCCGUUGCAAUUAUACAGUUCUCAAGGAGAGAUUGAUUACGCGAGCCAGCAGACUGGUCGUGGUUCCGAUGAUGAAUCAAGCAUUGAACAAGAUGCUGAGGACAUUUGGAAUGAUAACAGCGACGGCACUCGCCUAACUGUAAAGCCUGAAGAUGGAGAUGAAGAUGAAGACAAAGAUGAAGACGAAGGUGAGGAUGAAGACAAACACAGUAAUACUGAGUUGUUCUUCAUGUAUGGAAGUGAGGAUGAAGUCUUAUUGAGACCAUUAUUUCAAAAAGUGGACCUCUUGAUAAAUGAUUUCGCUGAAACAAAUGCAGCCUUCAUCAAAGACCAAGUGAAGCGAUACCUUGGAGCACAUGUGUGCUACGAGCAUCAUACAAAGCUCAUUGGAGAGUUCAAGCCUCCCCAAGCAAUCAAGACGAAAGUCAGUCGCCGGAGUAUGUAUCAGAAGGAACAUACUCAUGACAAAAAAAUCCUGAAAUCAGAGCGCAAAGCCCAUUUACAGCAACUUGAAGCCCAAUGGAAGGCGCUUAAUGCAAAGCAGCAACGGUCAUACAAACUAGAGGCAGAGGAAGAGAAGAAACGGUCCUCGAACAUUGACAUGUUGGCCAAGUACAAGUCUUUCCAUAGACAUUGGAAACAAUUUCGCAGAAGUGCAGAUUUCUUCAGAGAGAAUUAUCACACACAUUUGAUGGUUUAUUGCCGAGCAACUGACACCAUUGAUGAUAGACUCUACGUACCAUUGCAUCAGCCAAAUUCUAAUGAAUCAAAGGAAGCCUUUAAACAAAUCGAGGAAACGCUGCCAUCGAUGAGUAUCAUACGGUUUCUGGAAAGAGAAAUGCGAAAAACUUGUAUUACCCCAGGUAAGAGGAAGGCUCCCCAUGCUGCUCGCACUCCCCAUGCUGCCCACGCUGACCUCACUCCCCACACUCCCCACACUACUACUCGCAGGUAUCCCAAAAUCCUGAAGGACUCUGAUGACGACUAUGACUCUUGUUAA